GCAACAUGGAGAGGACUAAUGUGAAUUUCUGUGCUGUGAUUUUGCAAUUAUGCGUCUUGGCAGUCACCGCGAGCCUUAUUCACGGGAAAGUUCAAUACAAAUUGCGAUGCUCGGAUUAUCAAAUGGGAGUCGAUGUGAGAAAGACGGAGGAGAUGAAGUCACUUUAUUUGGAUCAGUUACAACACUAUCCAGAGCCUGCUUGCCAACCGAAGAUGAGCGAUAAUAUUGCCGUCUUCACUCUGUCUCUAACAAAUGUCUACCAAUGUGGAGUAACAAAAGUUUUGAAUAAACUUACGGGCGUCGAAAGUUACUACCAUAAAAUCGUCGUGGAAUACAAGAACGCAGACGUUCCGAAAGAGGUGCUCAAUGUAAAAUGCGUUAUUGGUCCACGGCAAAAUCAUACUCUUCAUAGGAGGGAUUUACUUCCUGCUGGAUUUCAAGAACCGGAGGAUCUUCAAAUAACGACCUCAUUGACCCAGCGAGCGCCAGAACCUGUUCUACAAGUGGGUGUGCGCCAGGGUGGUAACAUCAUCAAUGGGGAGCUGAAUGUCAACCCAGGGACACCGCUACAAAUGGAGAUUUACCUCGACAAGAGUAGUGCCCCAAUCUACGGAUUAUUAGUCAGCUACAUGCAAGUCACCGACACCAAAACCCAGGAGGAGACCAUCAUUUUUAAUGGGUGUUCGGUUGACCCGUACUUGUUCGAAAACUUCAAUACCGUAGAUGGUGAUUUUCUCACCGCAAAAUUUAGAGCUUUUAAAUUUCCGGAGUCAACUUAUGUCCAAUUCAAGGGAACUGUAAAUGUUUGUUUGGACAAAUGUAAUGGGGUUGACUGCAGUAAUGGUCAAAUUGGUUACGGCAGGCGAAGACGAGCCGUGAGCGGCAUUCCACCUGAUCCAAAUAAAAUUUUUGAAGUGACGAUGACAACUUUCAUUAAAGUCGAUUAUAAAACUGAUAGCCUCCUGGAAAAAGGAAAAUUAGAUAAUGGCAUCGGUUUGGUGAAGCCCGAUGAUGGGGAUCGUGUGUUAGUGAACGAAACAACUGGAGGAACGGCUAGCAACAACACUGAGUCGGAUAAGCCUCACCAUUUAAAAAUCGACUCAGAGCAAAUGAGAGAAGACUUACUGUACACUUUAGUCGAAGAGCGCAAUGCCGCUUGCACCCUAGUGCACAGUUCCUUCCUAGUUUUAAGUAGUCUAUUAUUAAAACACCUUUUCCUGAAUUAAAAUCCGCUGAUAAGAACUACGCGGGCUAUUCAAUAAGCUAGUACGUUUUUUACAUGCAAAGUCAGAAACGUUGGUGAUUUCUGUAUUGGUAUCAAAGCCAUUGAGCAAAAUUGACGAGAAUUACACACUUAUUCUUAACUAAAGUGGCAAAUGAUCCUUAACAAUUAUAGACCACUUCCUUAAAUGAGUUUUUAACCUGUUAAAUUUUACAGCUGCUUCAUAGCUAACAUUAAAGGUCACAUAUACGAUGAAUCAUCAUGGCAAAUCGUAUUCCGUGGAAUCACGCAAACUCGUCGAUCUC